UGUACAUCGAUAGUCCGACGUUAUAAUGCAUUUGUCUCGGGUGUUCUGCGGAGCAGAGCGUCCCCAGCCACCCAGGAAGUUGGCUGUUCCUCAGGACGCGGUUGAAUCUCGCCAUGUCCGCCUCCACUGGGUGAUGGGUGGCUCCGGUUCCUCCCCGCUGAGAUACUUCACUCUGCAGGUUAAAGAGCUGCCCAACGGGGACUGGAACACACACAUCGCUGACAUCCCACACAACGUGACCACCUGGGCUGUUGACAGGCUGAAGCCCUUUACAUCAUACAAGUUUCGGAUGCUUGCCACCAACGAUGUAGGAGACAGUGUCCUCAGCAAAGAGACGGACGCUGUUACAACUCUGCAAGACGUGCCUGACGAGCCUCCAGUGAUCCUUGCAGUGAAACCAACAACCACUACCUCAAUCCUGGUGCAGUGGAAGCGUCCCAAUGACGACAGUGUGAACGGGGUGCUGACUGGAUACCGGCUGUAUUACCGAGAGCUCCCGGUAAACACUUCCACUGUCGCUACCGCAGAAGUCCAAGCGACCAAAAACAACACCACAAGUGCCCUCAUUACAACCAAGAGCACCUUCAAGACAGUCAGCAGUGCCUCGCUAACAGAGUUUGAGUUGACACAACUGAAGAAGUUCAAACGCUACCAGAUUGUUAUGACAAGCUACAAUAUCAUCGGAGAGAGCCCGCCCUCUGCCCCGGUCGAAGUGUCUGUUGGAGAGGCAGCUCCAUCAGUGGCCCCUCAGUCUAUCAGAGUGUCAGCUGUGUCUCCCUCCAUCCUGGAAGUGACCUGGGACACACCCCCCCUCGAGACCCAGAAUGGACUCAUCCAAGGAUACAAGAUCCACUACUGGGAGCGGGACAAGCAGAACCAGAGUGAGAAGGUAAAGGUGAUUUUCGUCCCAGACACCCGUGUGCACCUCACCAACCUGACCAGCUACACACCUUACCUGGCCACUCUGACCGCCUUCAACACGGCUGGGGACGGCCCUCCCAGUGACCCCCGUGGGGCCCGUACCAUGCAGUCUGCUCCCAGCCAGCCGAGCUACCUGUCCUUCUCAGAGGUGACAGGAGGAAGUGUCAAUGUGUCCUGGGGAGCUCCACUGACUCCUAACGGACAGCUGGAGGGCUACAGGAUCAUCUACCAGCCCACUGCCCCUGUACAGGGAGUGAGUAAAGUGGUGACGGUGGACGUGAGGGGCAGCUGGCAGAGAUGGCUGAAGGUUCGAGACCUGGUCAAAGGAGCCACGUACAUGUUCAGUGUCCAGGCUCUCACAGUCAGCUACGGACCACCCAUACAGGCAAACAUCAGUGCUCAGCCCGUGCAAGGCUCCCCUGGGUCCCCGAUGGAAAUGUCCAUCACCAAGACGUCCUCUGCACUGAACAUCCAGUGGACAGAGGGAGAAACCGGUGCAGCGCCUGUCUCCGGAUACGUUAUUGAGGCUCGUCCAUCAGAUGAAGGAGUGUGGGAUUCCUUCAUCAGACUCCUCCCCCCCAGCAGCCGGUCUGUGUCAGUGCCACUGGAGCGCCUGAGGUCGGGGAUCAGCUACGAGUUCAGAGUCAUCGCUGUUAAUCGCUAUGGUUACGGACAGCCGAGCACACCCUCUGCUGCUCUCGCUGCGCUGUCAGAGCGUCCGUUUUAUGAGGAGUGGUGGUUCCUGUUGGUCAUGGCUCUUGUGGGACUCAUCCUCAUUCUGGUCCUGGUCUUCACUCUGCUGCUGCACGGACACAGCAGCAAGUACAAGGCCUGCGGCACAGGGAAGCACAUGUCCACAGUGGAGGAGUCGGUAACGCUGGACAACGGAGGUUUCACUGCUCUGGAGCUCAACAGCAGAACGCUCAACACCAAGAACUCCUUCCUGAAAAAGAACGGGACAAGGUCUCCUCCCAGGCCCAGUCCAGGUGGUCUUCACUACUCUGACGAGGACAUCUGUAACAACUAUAACGGAGCCGUGCUCACUGAGAGCACCACACUCACUGAGAAACCCACCGAAGUCUCAGAGUCAGAGUUAACAGACAGCGACUAUGAGGAUGAGCAUCCCAAGCACUCCUUCGUCAACCACUACAUGAGCGACCCCACCUACUACAACUCCUGGAAGCGGCAGCCCAAAAGCCUUAAACCGGUCAGCACUCCUUUCGGCUACGAGGAGUGCGCCACCGCAGACACAGAGCCGUACUACCAGACCGUGGUCACCCAGCACAGCACAGGUGGCGCAUACACACCCACGGGGCAGCCCGCGCACACACACGUCAACCCCAACACCAACCCGCCUCCGGGGUCACGCACCCCCGUGACGGGAUUCUCCUCAUUCGUUUGACUCUAGAGACAAAAUCUGCACAAAAUGAUACACACACACGUACACAAAAUGAAGGAGGGGGCCCGGUGUGUGUUUGGACUAAAGGAGACGCGAGGAGAGGGCAGGACUAGACGAGGAGAGGAGAGGUGGGACGGACUGGUGACGAAACAGCCCCUCAUGCCCCAAAGAACUAAACUUUCACUUCUCACUCGCCUUCUCCCCUCGUUCACAAAGAUCCUCACUGUGUCGACGAGUGUGUGUGUGUUGCCCUCCUACUCUUUUACGCCUCUGUGUCACUGUGCUCACACACACAGUUACUGUUCUCGUUUCCACACACACAUUCAUCCCGGCGUGUACCACCAGAUGUUCAUGCCUAUUCCAGAGACUCUCCAACGAGAGCAGCGACUACAUGAGUCUGUCUGUGUAACUGUCGAGGAGAGAAUUUCGACAUCGAACUGGUGGAAAAUCUGCACAACGCUUCUUUUUCUCUGUUUUCCGUAUUUACACAUAAGUGCACAAAAACACACGCAUGCACUCCCUGAUGCGCCAUUUCAGUGUCUCCUGCAGGGAGAGAGAACUCUAAGGUUGAGGUGAAUCAUUAAAAGGCGGCACAGGGGGGGCAGCUUUUGUUGACAGACUGGUUCAUGUACACAAACACGAAGCUGUCAGCUUUAAAAUACCACCACACAGAGGAAAAGAAAAAAAUAACAAUCAAUAAUCACAGUUUUGAACUUCAUAAAGGACGGAGAGCGAGUGUGGGCGGGGUGUUCUUCAGAGGUAAGGCAUUCUCAGUGAGAGUGUUUUUGUGCUUUCUGAGAGCGAUAUGUUUGAGGUUUUUGGUCGGAAUAUAUGAAAACCAUGUUUUUUUACCGUCUACUGCCUGUUGUCAGCGCUCCUUAUACCACAGCCUCCCAAGCCAUAAUGCUUGCACUGAGCCGACCCCCCACGCAUUUCAUCUUUCUUCUGUUCAAGUUUAAUUUUUUACAAGUUUGAGUGUGUGUGUGUGUGUGUGUGUGUGUGUGUGUGUGAGUGUGACACGUGUGCGUACAAGCAUGCGUGUAUAAAUGGCUUUGACGCUCGGCUGAGAAGCUCGUUCAUUUGUCUCUGUUGUUCACUGCGACGCAAAGCGUGCCAUCGUAUGUGUGUUUGUGUUUUUAAGAUGGAUUUUGUACAGGGAAACCCUUUUUACUUGUGCGCUGUUGUAUGUAGUUUCGGCCACAUUUGUGUAAUUCAAUGCAAAUAGUGAAACGGCACUGGAGCGAGUCCUUAGCUACACUGACUGAUAAGAGGAAAAAGGAGGAGAGGAUUCACCGAGAAUCAUUAAAAAAUAAGCUGCAGUGAAUGAGAGCGGAUCAAGAUUACAGGAUAUUUUAGAGAAUCAUGUCCAACCUGAGUGUGAUUGAACUUUGCAUCAAAAGGCCCCAGUGUUUGUCCCCUGGCCUCAACUCCAGCAGCCGGGCUGACACACAUACGUACUUUGUACCAAGUGCAAACAAAAUCAUCUGUAAGUUUUUUGCUCAUGUAUAAUUUAAAGGUUUCUCCUCCCUCCCAGCCAGCCAGCAGCCUCCCUCACUCUGUCACGCUUGUUUUGAGUCCCAUUACAGUGUGUGAAUAAAUGGUCAUUGUUUAACAGUGUG